ACACCGUUUCAGUUGACGGGGAAACCUUACGCGAGGAGGGUGCGUGUUGCGCUUCCCUCGCGCGCUCUCUCGACCUCCCUUUUGUCUCUCCUUCCCCUAUGUAUCGUGACACUGUCUUGCUCGUUGUGUUUAUCAGUGAAUUGUCCACGGAAAACGUAAAGAGGUGAUGGGCUUGAUGAAAUUUUGUGUACGAUGCUGUUUAAAGGCAACAGUUCCAAGCUGGAGUUGUUAAUAGAGAAAAUUCAGGCUAAUAAGGAAAACGGAACCGGCAGCGGAACCGGCAGUGUGGCGCAUGAAGAGGUGAGCGUGGGCGGGUCCUCGUGGGACGUGGGCUCCGAUGGUCGCGGGUCCCUUUCGCCCGCCUCGUCGGCCACGCCCACUUCGGCCUCCGAGACGGACGUGGAGGCGGCGGCUACUGUGGGCGUCACGCAGACCACGCCCUACCAGUGCUCCUUCUGCGACCGCGCCUUCCCUAGGCUCUCCUACCUCAAGCGCCACGAACAGCUGCAUGGCAUGUGGCCCGCCCAGGGAACGUGGCCCUGGCUCCCUGCACGCCGUCCCCUUGAGCAUGCAUUUCCCUCUACGCCUGACUCUUCCUCUCCUUCCUUGGAUAAGUGCAUGGAGGAGUUCGGAAGGCGGAGGCGAGAUGAAAUUCUUGCAGAUGUUCUCAAGACGCCAGAGAAGAGGACGGAGCCACGACCCUUCCCGCAAGGAGUGUUCGCUCCUUCCCGGUAUGGCAUGGAGGGCGUGGCAUCCUUAGUGGUGCCAAGGGGAACGGAUUCCCACAAUAAGUGUCUGGAUCUGUCACCUUGCGAAACAGAUCAGGCCAAUUAUUACAGAGGCGAUCCUGUGUGCGAACUGAGAGGUCUGUUAAGGGAGAACCAGUGGUCGAGUGUGUGCAGCGAAUCAUCAGGUCCGCAGUCUCCCCACAUGUAUAAGGACGAGGUGUUCUCUUUUCACCCCAAGGACUUCCAAGAGGGAGGAAACGAGGACACCAGAACGAAGCCCCAUAAUAGGGCACUUUUGGAUGGCUGGCUGGCAAGGGAAGUGUCUCGAGCCUGCUCACCCCCCAACAUCUGGAUGCAGGAAAAUGUCGUCAGUUACAUCGAGAGGGAACUGAAGGAAUUGGAGGACCAGCACCCAGCAGAGGGCGUCGUUGAGUGCACCAGUCGAGCAAUCUCAGACGAGUUCUUCCGUUAUAUCCAGAUGGAACUGCGUCGCCUUGAUUCAGGCGUAGAUCUUGAGGGUACUCCCCCUUCAGCACGGCACGCCUUCUCGCCCUUUGAGGUCUUCAGAACGCCCGAGGAACGUCUUCCCACAAGACUACAUAUUGCUAGAUGUACUUCACCCUUACCUAGUGAGGAUGGCAGCGAAGGAGAUAUUGCCCAGGAUUUUGGACGAGGCGAUGAGACAAUAAGUGAACAGUCCUUGGGCACCUCACUCGGCUGCUGGAAGAAACCUCAAGCAAAUUUAACACCCCAGGAGAGACUUGAGAAGGUGUGGAAGCCUGUACUGUGCCUCAGACACUUGGACCAGUUACCAACUAGUCUUUGUCACUAUAGUCAGACACUGGCAGUGAAACCUGGUCUUGCCAUAUCCCACCUGUCACCUUUAAGGAAGACUUAUGUUACAUCUUCAGAGACGACGUGCGCAUCGCAGACAAAUACCCGGGAGAACAUGUCAGAUAAGCUUGUUCCCAAAAAGAAUUUCAAAGCAGCACGUGCCAGAAGCAAUUCGAGCGUUGCUGCCCAGAGACAGCUGAGGCACCUGCGCAGAGAGAAAGCGAAAGGAAAGAAGAGAAGGGAAAAGAAGGGAGGUGGACUGAAGGUGUUUCAGAAGGGCUUGGGAGAACUACAGUUUGAUUCAUCUAGGAAAUUUCAACAACCCAGUGAAGAUUUAAAUCAGAGAUAUGAACAGUUAGACCAAGACUCGGCCAGUACGAAGGCACAAACGAACUCUCUCAGCGUCCAGAUUCCUCUGUCACGAAUCUGUUUGAGAAAGAAUCUUGGCAACAGAUCCGAGAGUCAGAAGCCCAUGAUUUCAGAACCAGAUAGGGUUGCUUCUCUUACAGACUGUUUAAAAUCAUCACCUGUACCAAGUGGAAUGCAGCUUACUCCAGAAUCUGAGGAAAGGUCCUUGGGUACAUCCCCCUCUUCCUCUCACACCAAGUUGUUCCCAAUGAGCUAUGCAUCUUUUACUUGUCCAGUGACUCGCAUGUUUCCAGGCCAGCCAGUUCAGGUUGUGGAAACAUCACACCAUCUGCCGCAUACUCCACUCUCGAUUAGAGGAGAGCAUGAGGAGGCAACAGAGGAAGCUCAGACUGGUCUCUAUAAGUCAAUCAGUUUGGUGCCAUAUCCAUCUGAGGAAAGAGGGAACAUGAACCACUAUGUGCAUUGCGUACAGCCAUAUAGCAUUAACAUUCAUUCUCCUUACCAGUCUUUGUCCUUCCCUCAAAUGUCUCAGGAGUUGAGGACAGGCGACUUGCCGUGUCAGACACUGUGCGGUGUACCAUUCCACACACUGUUACCUUGGCAACAUCAUGUCACUCCAACACACACUCUUCCAGCAUUCCAAGAUGUUCAGGGUCUUUGCAUUCCCUUUCUCGAUCUCUCGGGCCAUCCUUCACCAGAUGUAGUUGUGAAAGACCAUUCUCACUUCAUGAAUUUGCCAGGUGUUUGCUCCCCGCAUACCAGCUGCCCACAGGUGCAAAAGGGAAAAGCGAAAUAUUGCUCAAAAAGCCUCAAGUGGAGACAGAGGGACUUGGGCCCAGGCUGCAGUAGACUGCCCUUCUUUAUAGAAACCAACCUCCACUACAGAGAGAGGGACGUUUGCAAAAAUGAGGAGUCUGAAUUCCCAGGUGAAGGGGAUCACUGGUCCCAAGCUGUCACAGGUCCCCGACCAGCAGACACCAGAACAAGAGGAGAAAAUAAGAGACCGACAAUGCUACAGCCAGACCAUCUGAACACAGCUCUCCACAUACAGGUGAGGACUGGGGCACUGGCAGAGCAGAGAGGAAAGUCUCGUGCAAUUUUGUCAAAGUUAGACCAGAAGCAAAGGACAGCAUCUAGGGUCAUUCAGGUGCGAACCCAGGAGAGGUCGCGAAGACAAAGCGAGUCGGGUAAAGUAAUAGAAAUGCCCAGCAAGGAAGCUAUUGAACAAGAUAGUAUAUGGGGAAGAGACACCAACAUUAGUAUUUUACAGAUUCCAAAGGUAAUGCCAAACCAAGAUUCGAUCAUUUUGGAUGAGGGUGGUAACUCCAAUGUGACAAAGUCUGGAUUAUUUUUUGAGGGCUCAGUUGACAGCAAUAGUUUCCUGCAGCAUACAACACCAAAUAGUUGUCCUCUAACUGAAGAUGGUUGCAUUGAAAAAGAAAAAUGUUCUCUACGGCAUAUCCCGUGCAAGAGCAUAGAUACAGACAGACCUUGUGAGAAAAGUUCCAAUAAAACUGAAUCCGCAGACAGUGGAAAAUACAACUGGAAUGAUGAUUUGCAUAAUAACACCAAUAAGCGCACUUGUAAUUUUCCUCUAUCCUCGGUGAUGCCAACAGUAGGAAGCGCUUCAGGUUGGAAGCGUCAGAAGUGCCAUCCAUAUAUUCUGCCAAAGAAAAGACACAAGAACAUGUUUCACUCUGUAGAUAAAGUCGAUGGGGGUAAAUAUUCAAGGAGUUGUGAGGAGGCAGUUGUAUCUGUGGAGGAAAGUUUACAUAAAUGUAUUGAUGACAUCUCUAAAACAAGGAAGGAUUUUGAAAGUAGUGAUGAGGAGAAUGUCUCCCCUUUAACAAAUAAGACUGAUGAGCUUCUCUUGAGUUCACAGACUGGUAAGAGUAGAAGUGAUAACAGCAUUACAGCCAUAGAAGAACAUUUGGAAACGCACCAGAAGAGAGGAAACAAUCUGCGGGAAAUGACGAACAGGGCGAGUCCUCCUUCCAAAGCAGAGGUGAGCUCGGAUUGCAGAGAGCUACCGGAGCCUAGUGUCUGUGCUGAGGCUGAGGUGAAGAGGUUUGUCCUUGAAGAAAGGCAGUCGUCUUACAGGCUGGGUACUAAUGCUGCCUCCCAGUCAUUGCACCAUCAGCAGGAACCAAUGGCAGAUCCAUAUUGCAACCAAGUAGUUAAUGGUAAUUUGCAGGGUUUUGAUUCCAUGAGGAAGGAGGGUGACACAAGCACGGUACCGCAUCCACUGCCACCCGCAGUGGUCUCCCCAUCGUCUAUUGUUCGCCAGGGAGCUCAUUUUGGCCUCAUUCGUAAAAUUGCCCCUUGCCUACUCCGCCCUGUCCCGUGCAAAGCCCUGUCUCGCAAAGGAUCUCUCAUGAACAGGUAUUUAGCUAACAGAAAGAGGCAGAUGAGCUUCCUGAAUCGACGCGUUUCACCCACGAAGAUGAAGGAAAUGAAGCUUGGUUUUGGAACUGCAGUUACUAAUAGUUUAAAUGGCAAGGAUGAUUUGAUAGAAAUUGCUCCUCUGCCCAAAGAUUCUCAGUCUCCCAACUCUCCUUCCCAAGAUGGAAAGGAGAGAGUAACCAUUUAUUCCCCUUCGGGAAGAGCUGAGAAUGCCCUGAUUGACUGUGAGUAUUUUGCACAAAAUUUAUGCGACUCGAAUAUUCCCAAAGAAGAGAACUUGGGUAAUCUUCCUGCUAGCAAUGCAGACUUAGAUGCUGACCUCUCGGCUGUCACUAGCUCACCUGAACAGUCACCAGAUUGUAAUGACCAUUUACAACAAGUAGCUGACAAGUGUUCCGAGUCUGAUGAUGACCACGAGCGUGAAAUGGCACAAGCAACAGAAUUUGGACCUGUUCUUAGGAAUAGCUCUCAGGAAAAAAAUUACAGUUUCAGUGAAGAUAAAUCAGCCUCUAGUGAUAUGCCUGGGUUAGAUCAGGUCACCAGUGCAAAUACAUCUUAUUACCAUGGAGGUUUGUCAAAUGAAGCUAUGCCACAAAUAAUUCCUACCAAUCCUACAUUCAUUCCAGCCCUUAGCAGUAAAACUAAGCAAGAGUUGGAAACUAGCAAAUCGGAAUCAAUUCAAGAACCAAGAUUACGUACGCUGGAAGACAUGAAGGAGAUGAACCACUCACCUAUGACCAUGGCGUCCGAUUCUGCUGUCAAAAUUCGAAAUACAGAUUGGGGUGAAGAAAGUAUUAUGUGCAUAACUGGAGGACAUUGUAUAGAUGAAUGGCCAAUUAUGAAAAAAUCUGUAACCUCUCAGAAGAAAUAUAUCAGCAGUUCUGGCAGCGAGGAGCAAGAUCAUGAGACUAGUCUUGAUGAGGGACUGCAGUUUCCUAAUGACAUGCGAACAUGCCUUCUGUUAGAGGAAUCUGCAUCGAGGGAACCAUACCAAGGAAAGGAAAUGCAAGACCACCCAGGUCUUCGCAACUCUGUAAUUACCCUGGAACGAUUGCGGUCUUGCAAACUGUAUGUGGACACACCACUGCCACCAUCCCCUCAGCAACUAGGUGUCUCCUCGAACCAUCUUGACCGGCCGAAUCUGCUGCAACACGUGACUGGAAAAUCUUUGAAUGCAUCAGUUGCUCUUUGCGAGGAAGUGGAAUGGGAGAAGGGCGUCGUUGAUGUACUACGAGAUUGCGAAGCGGAGAAAGACAGGCAGCGAGACCUAGAUCUCCUCGACUUGCUGACAGCCGAGAGCAGCGUGGCAUCCUCCUGGCCCACGACUGACAUGGCAGUUAGGGAUGCCUUCCUUCGCGUGGAGGGGGACUCCUACCCUACUCUUCCCAACAAUCCCAAUUCCCUCGGUCAUAAGGAAGGGUGCAGCCCACCUCUUGCUUGCAGCAGCGAAGGAAAGCUCCCUCAAGCAGGAGUGGGUGCUUUGACCGCCGGCUGGGACGUCCGCCGCGGAGACGAAGGCACGAAGAACCAGCCCUGCCUCCUGGCGUGUGGUUCUCCGUGGGCCCUCAAGCAGCAGGACGCCCUCUCGUCCUCGUCCUCUUGCUCAAGUGGCAGCAGCGUGGCGGGGGAGUACGAGGAGGAGGCUGAGGUCCUGCUUGAGGCCAGGAGGGACGAGGUUGGCGGAGAGGGAGGUAGCGGGGCCGAUGGUGAUCGAGGGGAGGCGAAGGAAGGCAGUGAAAGACGGAAGAGGAGGAGGGGGAAGAAUUCGUCCUCUUACUUCAUCGACGUCGUGACCCACGCGGACCAGCUGCCGUUUCGCUGCGAGUUCUGCGGGCGUCUGUUCAAGCACAAGCGCUCCCGGGACCGCCAUGUCAAGCUGCACACGGGCGACAAGAAGUACAAGUGCUGUCACUGCGAGGCGGCCUUCUCCAGGAGCGACCACCUGAAGAUCCACAUGAAGACGCACGACACGCAGAAGCCGUACCAGUGCUCUGUGUGCAACCGCGGCUACAACACGGCGGCCGCCCUCACGGCGCACAUGCAGAACCACAAGGCCAAGCUCACCGCCCACGCCCUCAGCCAGCUGCUCAAGGACGCCCAGGCGCCCUCCGAUGCCCACACGCUCACGCAGCUGCUCAAGGACACCGCGGUGGGCGACACGCACGCGCAGGCGCUCAAUCAUUUCCUGAAGGAUGCGCAGAAGGAGCAGCUGCUGAGCCCGAAGUCGCAGCAGGGUGACCUGGGCGCGGGAUCGUCCCCGGGGGCGCUGCGGGCCUCCCCGGGGGCCGGCGAGGCGUCCCCCGCCCUCUCGCCCGUCGCCGCCGCCCGCUGCCCGGUCUGCCACGCCCACUGCCGGAACCACACGCACCUCCAGCGGCACCUGACGCGUUACCAUGGCGACGAUGUGCCGAUGGCGUCCUCGGAUCGCCCCGCCUCCCGAGGGGGCGGUUCCGGGGCCUCGUCGGUAGGCGGGGCAUCGUCCGCCGCCUCCACGCCCUCUCCGCGGCCGCCGUCGUCGCUGCCGUCGCCGCGCCCGCUGGCCAACCCGCUGCUGUCGCUCGUGGGCGGCAAGCUGGCCUGCCUCUACUGCUCCCGCGACGCCUUCCCGUCGCUGGAGGCGCUGCAGCUGCACCUGCACUCCUCGCACGGCUCGGUGCUGAACGGCGAGAUGCGCGACAUGGCCAGCAUGCUGGGCCUCCCGACGUCGCUGGGCGGCUCCCUGGGCGGCUCCCUAGGCGCGGGCGGCCUGGCAGCGUCUCUGGCCUCGCCGUUGGGCCCUGGGUCGUCCAGGGGCGUCAGCUGCGAGCUGUGCGGCGCCCGCGUGGGCGGCGUGACGGCGCUGCAGCGGCACGUGGUGACGGCACACACCUUCACGGACCUGUUGGCGCGAGCAGCCGAGGGCGUGUUCUGCGCGCAGUGCCUGCUGCCGUUCAGCAACCCGGGCGCGCUUGCCGAGCACAUCAAACUGGUGCACGCAGCGCCCGUGCUGUCGGCGGUGCUCAACAAGCGGCCGCCCUCGCCGCCCACCGACACGCCCACCGACCUCAGCAAGAAGUCCCGCCACGAAGGGCUGCCGUCAGACCUGCCCGCCUCCACGCUCCUGUGCAGCCAGUGCAACGCGCCCUUCACCAACUUCGAGGCCUUCCGCAGGCACCUCAAGACCCACCUGGAGGGGGUGGAGGCGGCGGCCACGGCGGGCGGCGGCGCAGCGGGGAUGGCGUGCCCCGAGUGCCGUCUGCCGCUGAGCUCGGAGGCCGGCCUGGAGGCGCACCUGGCCACGCACCUGGGCGCCACGGCCACCGAAUACGGCUGCCAGGCCUGCCUCAAGCUCUUCCCCAAGCCGGAUGAGCUGCAGAAGCACCUCAUGGACAUCCACGCGCACCACCUUUACCGCUGCGCCCUGUGCAAGGAGAUGUUCGACUCCAAGGUCUCCAUCCAGGUGCACUUCGCCGUCAAGCACAGCAACGAGUGCAAGGUGCACAAGUGCACGCGCUGCUCGCUCAUCUUCCGGUCGCAGUCCGAGUUCGAGGUGCACAUCCGGGCGAGCCACAUGCGGCGGGGCCUGGGCGUGGGGGAGGCGGGGCCAGGGGCGGGCAGCCUGGGAGGCCCGGGGGGGUCGUACCGCUGCCUGCUGUGUACGCUGAGCCUCAGCUCGGAGGCCGAGCUGGCGGCGCACGUGGCCACUCACCAGCGCCAGUUCCAGUGCACGCUUUGCGACGACGCCUUCCACGUGGAGUUCCUGCUCGACAAGCACAUGCAGACGCAGCACAACUCCGAGCUAAACGGCAACGUGCCGCAGCCCGAGAACCUGGCCAAGCCCCGCCGCAGCCCGCACAAGAAGGAGCUCAAGUGCGACAUCUGUGACGCCGAGUUCUCGAGCGACUCGGGGCUGCUGGCGCACCGCAAGCAGGCGCACAACAUCAAGAGCGGGGCCGGCGGCGCGGGCGCCAAGGUGGCGGCGGCGUCCCUCAGCCUCUUCUGUGCCUACUGCAGCGAGGCCUGCAAGUCGCGCAGUGAUCUCGAAGCCCACAUGAAGUCGCACCAGGGCUCCGGGGGGCGCCACAAGUGCAACAUCUGCGACGAGUUGUGCCCUUCGGCCGCGCUCCUUGCCCAGCACAAGCUCACGCACGUCAAGGUGGUCAGCGGCAGCGCCUGCGCCGUGUGCCGCGAGCCCCUGACGUCCGAGCAGCAGUUCAGCAGCCACCAGAGCGAGCACCACCCGGCGCCGCUGCCGCAGCCCUGCGUCGUCUGCCGCCAGACGCUCGUCACCGACAUGGAGGUGAGUGUGCACGCUCGCUUCCACGCGGCGCAGGCUGCCCAGGCCGCCGCCGCCGCCUCUGUGGCCUCCAGCGGCCCCUUCAGCAGCUCUGACCCUGUGCAGCCCGUGUCCCUUGCCUCCAUGAUCACCACCACGGCCUCCAGUGCAGCCGCCACCGCCAGCAGCAACAGCAGCAGCAGCCGCGGCAGCAGCAGUCCGAGACAGUCGCCCUCGCUGCGGUGCCCCGAGUGCCACCUCAAGCUGGAGACCAUGGAGGAGGCAGAGGCGCACGCGGCGGUGCACCAGCAGCAGCAGCAACAGGGCUAUGGGCGUUCAGUGGCACCAUCUUCGCGCACAUAUCAGUGCAUUAAAUGCCAGGAGAGCUUUGCCUCCGAGGCAGAGAUCGAGGCACACGUGGCAUCGCACCUUCUGCACGAAGGCUCUGUGCAUGAGUGCCACCUGUGCCGUGCCACGUUCGACACGCCACUGCGCCUCCAGUGCCACCUCAUUGAACACACGUUCGAAGGCUGCGGCAGCUUCACGUGCUACAUGUGCUCGUCUGUGUUCACGACCGCCUCGCGGCUGCAGCAGCACAUGGUGGAGCACGGGCUCAGCGCGCGCCCCUACGACUGCCACCACUGCCACCAGCGCUUCUUCUUCCGCGCGGAGCUCGAGAACCACGUGCUGUCUCACCCCGAGGCAGCGGAAGGCAGCUGUCGCGAGUGCGUGGCCAGCUUCCCCGAGCUCCCCCGCCGCAGCCACCGCCGGCCGGCCCUGUCCGCCCUGGGCCCCGCGCAGCAUCUCCUGGCGGGCCACGCGGGCCACACGCGCCCCGCCUCGCCCUGCUCCGCCUGCGACGGCGACACGGCCGACGGCGCUGCGGCCUCCGCCAACGGGCUGUCGGCCUCCAGCAACGAUGCCAAGGAGAUGUGAGGCGCCGGGGCGGCGGUGCCAAGCCCCGGCGCGUGCCCGGUGCUGCUGCGUCUGCGGACCGACCUCUGGUGACGCUCGAGGCUCAUGGCGGUCCCGGGAGACGCCGGCGACGCCGACGACGAUGACAAAGACGAAAGGAACGAAGUUUCUUAGCUGUUAUUUAUUAUUUUCUAUUUUAUUUAUUGUUAUUAUGAUUUCGUGAAUCGGUAAGGACUCCUCGAAGUGGUCCUAGCGCUGCACUGCGCGUACACCAAAUAUAUUCGUAGAAGGCUCCAGGCCGGGACUCGAAGCCGGCGGCGCGAGGGCCUCGGCUGCCCUCGGGCGCCCGCCCGCCCGCCCGCCCGCCCGCGCCGCCGCCCGCGUGGGGAGAGUGCAACUCCUCCACAAGAACCCCCAUUUGUCCAGUAUGUGAUAGUUAAAACAAAAAAAGUUUAAAAACGAUUAAAAAAAAUAAGACAAGGAAUUGUUAGGUAUUUUACUCGAGGGUAUGAAAGUACAACCUGGUCUCUUGAAGGACUAGAUAGCUCAUUUAUACGAUAUCCUCAUCUCUUUAGAUGCUCCUCUCUUACUAGCCCGCCCCACCCCGGCCCGUCUCCAAUAGGAAAACGCCUAUUGUCUUGAUGACGUCACACCCUUUCCCCGUUUUCCUUGACGUUGCCCCCCCCCUCCGCCUCGUCACCUUCCCCAUUCCUGGUUUCCUUCCCCUUCUCUUCUUCCAGUUAUCCCUUCUUCCUCCUCUUCCGCAUCCUCAUAACCUCUAUUUCCCCCUCCGUUCCUCCCUCCCCCCAGUGCGUGCGGUGGAUGAUGAGCUUGAAUUUGUUCUACAGGGUAUCUACCAGUUUAUCCCCCCCCAGUGUACAUAGCCAAAUGUUAUUUAUGUUUUCGCUAACAUCUAUAUAGUUUUGCCCCCCCCCCUCCCUCCUCUCUUCCCCCCCUCUUCCCCCUCCCUCCUUCCUGAUAGUAUUUCUCUUACUUUCUAAAAUGUGGAAAUCCGCAUUCUUUAUCUCAUUUUCUGUGUAAAGGGGGGGAGGGUGGGAGGGGGAUCUUUGUUUCCGUCUUCAAUUUCUUCUUUAUCCUUUUUCUGUUUCUCUUCUCGUGGGAAUAAAGGCUCAUCAUUUUUGGGGAGAAAAAAAAGAUAUAUCCCUUUAAUAAAAGAGUGUUUGAUAUUAGACUCUUUGCAGAUGCUGAAGUUGCCACACUCGGCGAUGGCGACCGAUGGCAUCUCGGUGCUGGGAGUUGGAUGUUGAAACUUAUAUGAUAAUUUUUUUCUAAACUUGAAUGUUGUAAUGAAGUUGUUUGACCAAUGAUAAUUAGGAAUAGUUAUUUGCCGGUCGAGAGCCCAGUGUGCGCGGAUGUUUUUUCAAGAUUUUUUCGAAUAUCACUGUGAACAGUUUACAUGAAACAAAGUGUGCAUUUAUUUGUUAAAGAUUGAGGUUCAAGUGGAAUCUUUAUGUAAAUUAAGUGGAAUAAAAUUUCACUAUAAA